AUGAAUUUGGAAGGUAUAUCAUCAACCCCCGCACAUGCAAUUGAAUCGCGAUGCACUGAAUAUCGUACCGCGGUGCCUUGCAUGGUGCUUAACAAAAUAACGAAUACGCUGCCCAUCAAACCAGCGAACACCAGCGGCUGGCCCAUUCCGGAUUCGAUCACCCUCGCCGAUCCGCUAUUUCAUCGCCCCGGUAAGAUUAGCGUGCUUCUUGGCAUUGAACUUUUCUUCCAGUUGCUUGAGCCUGGAAAAAUUUCACUGAGCUCUGACGACAGUUUUCCCACUUUACAAAACACUAAGUUAGGGUGGGUGGUUGCUGGUCGAUAUCGGUAUCCCACACCACAAGUGACGACAACUACAUGCUUGUUGGCCACCACUGACGACAGCUUAAACCAGCAACUACAACGAUUCUGGGAAUUAGAGGAAUAUGCACCAGUUUCACCUCAUCUUAGCGACGAGAAAAAACGCUGCGAGGAUCAUUUUUACAAGCACACCGUGCGAGACGAUGAUGGAAAAUUUAUUGUACGGCUACCGUUUCUGGAUUCUCCGAACCUACUUGGUGAUUCGCGUCAAAUUGCCGAAAAGCGACUAAGUCACAUCGAGCGAAAGUUGCUACGGAACCCUCAUCUCAAGCUGGAAUACCAUGCCUUUCUCCGUGAGUACCUUGAGUCCGGCCAUAUGACACUCAUCGAGAAUCCUCCGAACGAUGCUAUUUAUCUCCCGCAUCAUUGUGUGGUAAAGGAAUCGAGUUCCACCACAAAAUAUCGCGUUGUUUAUGAUGCUGCAGCGAAGACUACCAGCGGCUUGUCCCUUAACGAUAUUCUCAUGCAAGAUUCGCUAGUGGACAUUCUUUUUCGCUCUCGUUUUCCGCUAAUUGUUUUCACCGGUGAUAUCAAGCAAAUGUACCGUAUGAUUAAACUGGCCGAUUGCGUUUAUUUGUGCAUUGUUUGGCGGUGGGAUAGUAAUGAACCUGUUCAGGCCUACCGAUUAAACACAGUCACUUAUGGGACGACGAGCGCAUCGUACUUGGCGACAAAGUGCCUGCAACAAUUAUUGGAAUCGUACAGACAGCAGUAUCCGACAGCGGUUGGGAAGGCAGAAAGGGGCACCUACGUCGACGACGUGUUGUUGGGAGCUGACUCCGAAGAAGAAGCAGUCUUACUACGGCAGCAAGUGACGAAGAUUUUCGCCUCAGGUGGUGUCCACCUGCGGAAGUGGGCAUCAAACAGUGCAGCAGUACUCCAGGACAUCGAACUCAACGAUACUCGCACCAUCAAGGCUCUUGGCAUACACUGGCAGCCGUGCAGCGACGUAUUCCAGUUCUCCAGCUCAACGCACAAGAUCUUUCAGCCCACAAAGCGGACCAUGCUUUCGCAAAUCGCCAGCAUUUUUGACCCCCUAGGCUUACUAGCCCCGAUAGUCAUCAAAGCGAAAAUGGUCAUGCAGCAACUGUGGGAGCUGAUGGUGGACUGGGACGAAACACCCCCCGGUGAGUUGGUACCACGUCGAGUGAUUGGCAUGCGUCAAGCUUCUCGCGUCUAUCUGCACGGCUACAGUGAUGCAUCCGAGCGAGCCAUGGGUGCUUGCCUCUACAUUCGGGCCACAGGUGAUUGCGGCAAUACAUCGUCGCACUUGCUGUGUGCGAAAUCCAAGACAGCACCGAUUGGGAAUGGACGAACAACAUUACCUCGCUUGGAGUUGUGUGCGGCGGUGACUCUGUCCCGGCUGAUAGCGAAUGUGAUGAAGGCAAAUCCUAUACAUUUCCAUGAAGUGCGGGCUUUUUCGGAUUCAACUGUUGCAUUGGCAUGGAUUCACGGAGGAGUUUCAAGGUGGAAAACAUUUGUUGCCAACCGAGUGGCAGAAAUCACUACGAUCCUACCUGCAAUCAAUUGGCAUCAUGUGGAUACACACAGCAACCCAGCCGAUGUAAUCUCACGUGGUGCUCUGCCAGAGCAAUUGAUCAACAAUUCCCUUUGGUGGCAUGGACCAGGCUGGAUCGAGUCACUCAACACCGACGAAGUUACACUAACUUGUGCUCUUGACGUCACUCAACAACGACAAGUGGAAAGGGAGCAACGAUCGACUGCCGUGGCGUAUUUGGUUGUAUACGAAAACCAAUUUAUCGACGACAUGCUAGCCCGAUACUACCCAAAUUUACAGCUUCUUUUGCGCAUUACAGCGCGAAUGCUACGUUUCUCCCAUCGAAAGCAGAGAGUAUCAAAUCGCCUUAUGCCCCAAGAGAUUGAGAAUGCCAUGGAAGGUGAACUCCACUGUGGUCCGCAAUCACUGCUGAGUGCUGUACGGCGACGUUUUUGGAAUGUCGGAGGAACGAGUGCUGCACGCAAGACUUGUCGAUCCUGCGUCGAAUGUAUGCGUGCAAGUCCUGCACAAUUGCAUCAGCUGAUGGGACAGAUUCCUGUAGAUCGCCUAGCACUGAAUCCCCCCUUCUCUAUCACCGGCAUUGAUUAUGCUGGGCCUGUUAACAUCAUCAAUCGGCGUACACGUGGCGCUACAUCUAACAAAGGCUACAUAGCACUUUUCGCGUGCUUUUGCACCCGUGCCGUGCAUCUUGAAGCUGUGUCGGACCUCAGUACAUCUGCCUUCAUUGCUGCAUUCACCCGUUUUAGCAGCCGAUACGGAUUGCCAAGCAGAAUUCACUCGGACAACGCUACCAACUUUCGGGGAGCAGCCCGAAAGUUCCGCGAAUUAUACCAACGCAUCAACGAAACCGAACGGAACGAUCAAGUGACCGACUUUUUCUCCAACAAGGGAAUUGAGUGGAAGUUCAUUCCUGCGCGAUCCCCACAUCACGGGGGCCUCUGGGAGGCAGGCGUGAAGGUAGCGAAAUCUUUUCUGAGCGAAAUUGGUGGUGAUGAAGGCUUCACAUUCGAAGAACUGAGUACCGUUCUCGCGCAUGUUUCGGCUUGUAUGAACUCUCGGCCGAUUUUUCCACUCUCUAAUGACCCGAACGACCCUCAACCUCUCACACCAGCUCAUUUUCUCAUCGGUCGAUCACUACAUUCUGUGCCGGAGAUCAAUCAGUUAGAACGUCAUAUCGGUUCCCUCAGCAGAUGGGAGUUCGUUCAACGCAUCGCACAACAGUUUCGAGCUCGGUGGCAGAAAGAAUAUCGCAUGGCAAAGUGGCAGAAAGCAGCUCCGAAUAUUUCAGCCGGAGAUUUUGUGCUGUUGGUGGACGACAACGAGAAGCCUAAGCAAUGGCCGAUGGGCCGCAUUGUCGGCACUUUCCCUGGAACGGAUGGCCACGUCAGGGUGGUGGACGUCAAGACUGCCAAUGGUACCACACGGCGAAAUGUACGACGACUUCGGCGCAUCCCGUUGGAGGAUGACGAGUACGUGCCAGGACGAAAUGGAGCGGAAAUACCCAGACGUAAUUUGGUGGGCGGUUUGUGGUGUGACGGAAUCUAA